CCCAGCCCGAAUUCCUCUCCUUGCAUCUUCCCUCUCCUCUCCCGACGAAGCAAUUCAUCUACUUCUGCAUCCGAGAUCAUAUAUUGUUGGAGAAAUUGUCUCUCUGUUCAUCUUCAAUCUGAAGCCGUUUCAAUGCUCAUUCCACUUGUUAGUUUCGGAAGUAAGGGAGGUUUUUCGGUGAAUGGACUUAAAGAAUACAAUCACUAGCCUCUUGGGAUCUCAGCUUUCAGAAAGCUUAAUCUCCACAUCUCUGCUGCUAGAAGUUUUGGCGAUUGAAGUCCUUGCUUGCAGAUGAUUCUGGUUUCCUGUGGUGAUCAAAUUCUACUGUAUCCAUGGAAAGAUACAGAAUUUUAACGGAGAUUGGGGAUGGAACAUGUGGAAAUGUUUACAAGGCUCUUAAUUUGCAGUAUAAUGAGAUUGUUGCAGUUAAGAAAAUGAAAAGAAAGUUUUACUAUUGGGAAGAGUGUUUGAAUCUCAGAGAAGUUAAGUUGCUGCAAAGGCUGAACCACCCCAAUAUUGUCAAACUAAAGGAAAUUGUCAAGGAGAAUUAUGAGCUUUUCCUUAUUUUCGAGCACAUGGAUUGCAAUCUUUAUCAAAACAUGAGAGAUCGGCAAAGUCCUUUUUCAGAGUUGGAUAUACGCUCAUUAAUGUCUCAAGUUUUGCAAGGGCUUGCCUAUAUGCACAGAAAUGGCUACUUUCAUAGGGAUUUGAAGCCUGAGAAUUUGUUGGUGAAAGAUGACAUUAUCAAGAUUGCUGAUUUUGGACUUUCAAGAGAAAUAAUGUCACACGCUCCUUAUACUGAUUAUGUUUCUACUAGAUGGUAUCGGGCUCCAGAAGUUUUGCUUCAAUCUUCAGCCUACUCGCCUGCAAUAGACAUGUGGGCUGUUGGUGCAAUUUUGGCGGAGCUCUUCUCACUAUAUCCACUUUUCCCGGGUCAAAGUGAAACAGAUCAAAUAUACAAGAUAUGCAAUGUGCUUGGGACCCCAGAUGUCAGCAUAUGGCCAGAGGGGAUGGAAUUAUCUGGAGCCAUUGGUUUCAAUUUCUUUCAGGCUCCACCAGCUAAUCUCUCGAGCAUCAUCCCAAAUGCUAGCCUGGAAGCAAUUGAUUUAAUCCAGAAACUCUGCUCCUGGAAUCCCCAGAACAGGCUAACUGCCGAGCAGUCAUUGCAACAUCCCUUUUUUCAUGUGGGUACAUGGGUUCCAUGCCCCCUCCAGGAUCUUCCUCCUGUGAACACAAAUCAAACUGGAUCUAAUCCAAAGCUUGAUUUGAGCCUAUGGGACUUUGACAAUGAAUCAGAGGAGGACUGCUUUCUUGGUCUAACACUGGGAGUGGAACCCAGCAUUACUAAUCUUGAUGCAUAUCGCAAUUCGCAACGUUCAGAAGAGGAAAUCUUGUAUUGUGCGGGAUAUGAGGGCCAUUCUGGGCAAUUAGUCUUCUGGCCUCUGAUUGCUCCUGAUAACAAUAUGAUGAAUGAUCUGCCUAGAAUGACUUCACUUGCAUCAUCAUGCAUGGCAAAUGGUCAGAGAUCUCUUCCGCCAUUCAGCCUUCCAGAAUCCUCUGCAUUUAACAUCCCUCCGCAGCAGCCAAAUUUGAUGGACUGCCACUUAUUUGAACCCACGAUGAGCUUAUCUUCAUCGUUCCAACAUAGCUUUUUCUUUCAGUAAAUACAGUCUAUGUUUUUUUUCUUUUUUUUCUUUUAAUUUUCCCCCAAGAAAAUACAUGCACAAUUAAUGGCAUUUGGCUUCAAUAAGUGCUGUUUAAUUGUGGAUAAUUGUAAAUCAAAAGUUUUGUUUUUGGGUUUUUUUUUUCCCUUCUUUC